GCUGAGAUCCGGACACAACGUUUAUCAGUGAUAAUACCCACAGGCCAUUGUAACCUUUCCCUUUCCUUCAUCUCCAACAUCUGUGUUGAUACCUAACUUGAAAAGGAUACAAGCACCAGUGAAGGACGUAAUCGUGAAUUGCUAGCCAGCCACAAUGCCAUCUCCCGCGAAAUUUACAGAGUUUAUCGAUGCGAAUGCCGAUAAGUUUAUUCAGAGACUUGCAGAUGCGGUUGCGAUCCCAAGUGUCAGCAGUGACGCUUCCCGUCGCCCCGAUGUCAUUAAAAUGGCACACUACCUGGAUGGCGAGCUCAAGCUUCUCGGUGUCGAAACCAAGCUUGUAGACCUUGGAACACAUUUCAUGCAAGAGCAGACCCUUCAACUUCCUCCCGCCAUUCUAGGAAGGCUCGGGAGCGACCCUAAGAAGAAGACGAUAUUGGUAUACGGGCACUUCGAUGUUCAGCCUGCCUCUAUCUCUGAUGGCUGGAACACUGAUCCGUUCAAACUCGUGAUUGAUGAAGCCACAGGCCGCCUUUACGGUCGUGGAUCCACGGAUGAUAAGGGACCCGUGCUGGGCUGGCUCAACGUGAUCGAGGCACACAAAAGCCUCGGACUCGAAAUGCCCGUCAAUUUGCGAUUCUGUUUCGAAGGCAUGGAAGAGACCGGCAGCGAAGGCCUCGAUGACCUCAUCAAAGAAGAGGUGAAGAAGGGCAAAGAUGGCUAUUUUGACGGCGUGGACUGCGUUUGCAUCUCCGACAACUACUGGCUUAACACGCGGACCCCCGUACUUACUUAUGGACUUCGUGGUUUGACCUAUAUCAUGGUUACUGUCAGCGGACCCGCCCAGGACCUUCACUCUGGAGCGUAUGGACGUGCAGUACACGAGCCUAUGACAGACCUCGUGAAACUGAUGAGCGGACUCGUGAGGAGCGAUGGGAAAAUAUUAAUCCCUGGCGUCGACGAGAUGGUAGAGCCUGCUGACGAAGAAGAAAUAAAAAUGUACAACUCCAUGGAUUACACGAUAGAUGACAUUGAAGUCUCAGCAGGGGCACCGGUCGCAUUAUCUUCGGACAAAGCUACUGUUCUCAUGGGACGCAUGCGCUACCCCUCGCUUUCCUUGCAUGGUAUCGAAGGCGCGUUCUCUGGUGUUGGUGGAAAGACCGUCAUUCCCGCGAAAGUAACAGGAAAGUUCAGCAUUCGUCUCGUUCCUCCACAGACACCUGAGAAGGUCAACCCGCUCAUUUUCUCGUUCUUGGAGUCAGAAUUCGCAAAACUGAACAGCAAGAACAAGCUGGUUGUGGAGAGUGGUCACGGUGGCAAACCAUGGGUUGCUGAUUUCAAGCACUGGAAUUACGAGGCAGCCAUCAAAGCAACUGAGGUGGUGUACAAGAAGACACCCGACCUUACACGUGAGGGCGGUUCGAUUCCUGUGACACUGACAUUUGCCGAAAGUUUGGGAGUAAACGUUUUGUUGUUGCCUAUGGGAAGGGGAGAUGACGGUGCACACUCGACUAAUGAGAAAUUGGAUCGGUCUAACUUCAUUGAAGGGACCAAGCUGUUGGGCACGUACUUGUAUGAGGUAGCGGCGAUCGCGGCAUGAAGAAUAAAGGCAGCAUUAUAUAUGUCAAGUAGGGAAGCAAUGUAAGAAAUAAGAACUGUGUUGGGGGCUGUAUAAAAUGAAUUCUACCUAUCAUCGACAUUACCUUCAAGUUGUUCGUAUGAUCAUGGAAGCCAUCUUACUC